AAUGCAUGUUUCUGUUUCUUUCUUCCAACCACUGUAAAAGAAAAAGAAAAAUGCUCUCUUCCUCCCUAAGAAUGGAGUUACUCUGUUUCUUCACUCUGCUUUUGAUAUCACAGUCUGUUGCAUUGAAUAUGACAGAGGAAAUGCAGACUGCAUGUGAAAUGUGCUUAGAAUGUGAGAAUCCAUGUGAUCAGACACCACCUCCACCACCUCCGCAAGAGAUACUCUGUCCUCCACCUCUUCCACCACCUCCGCCGAUAGAGAUUCUCUGUCCUCCACCUCUUCCACCACCUCCACCGCCUCCACUAGAGAUUUUCUGUCCUCCACCACCCUCACCACCACCGCCUUCUCCUCCUCCGCCACCUCCAUCACCACCACCGCCGUGUACGCACUGCCCACUACCGCUUCCACCACCGCAGCCGCUAGUUUGUAACGAAUGCGUUCAUAAUAAACCGAGACCGCCGAUCAUUAUCACCGCAGCAGCAGCGUCACUGGAGGUUUCAGCUUCUAUAAGCUUCGCAACUGCUCUCGCCUUCCUCGUCUCUUCUCUGCUUCGUUAAUCUUAUGCCACCGAUCUUCGGCCUUUCAUGUCUCAACAUUAUAUUAUUCUUACAAUCAUCACUAAGUGGGGUUUUGAAGAAACUUGGUUGUAUUAUCCUCUAUCCAUUUUGGUUGUGUCUCGAAUUAUCCGUCCUCAAAUAAAUAUAUUGACUUGUUGUUUGAAA